AUGGACCGCGUCAGCAGCUCCAUGAAGCAGGUGUCCAACCCGCUGCCCAAAGUGCUGAGCCGGCGGGCGGGCGGCGGCGGUCUGGAGGCGGAGCGGGAGAGCUUCGAGCGUGCCCAGACUGUCAGCAUCAAUAAGGCCAUUAAUGCGCAGGAAGUGGCUGUCAAGGAGAAGCACGCCAGAACAUGCAUCCUGGGCACGCACCACGAGAAGGGGGCACAGACCUUCUGGUCUGUGGUGAACCGACUGCCACUGUCAGGCAACGCUGUGCUCUGCUGGAAGUUCUGCCACGUCUUCCACAAGCUCCUCCGGGAUGGCCACUCCAACGUCCUGAAAGACUCCUUGAGAUACAAGAAUGAGCUGAGUGACAUGAGCAGGAUGUGGGGCCACCUGAGUGAGGGCUACGGACAGCUCUGCAGCAUCUACCUCAAACUGCUGAGAACCAAGAUGGAGUUUCACACCAAGAAUCCUCGCUUCCCUGGCAAUCUCCAGAUGUCCGACCGGCAGCUUGACGAGGCAGGGGAGAACGACGUCAACAAUUUUUUUCAGCUGACAGUGGAGAUGUUUGACUACCUGGAGUGUGAGCUGAACCUCUUCCAGACGGUGUUCAGCUCCCUGGACAUGUCGCGCUCGGUGUCGGUGACAGCCGCGGGGCAGUGCCGCCUGGCGCCUCUCAUUCAGGUGAUCCUGGACUGCAGCCACCUCUACGACUACACUGUCAAGCUGCUCUUCAAGCUCCACUCCUGUCUGCCAGCAGACACACUGCAGGGCCACCGGGAUCGCUUCCUGGAGCAGUUCAGAAAGCUGAAGGACCUCUUCUACCGCUCCAGCAACCUGCAGUACUUCAAGCGGCUGAUUCAGAUCCCACAGCUGCCAGAGAACCCUCCCAAUUUCCUGCGUGCCUCGGCGCUCUCGGAGCACAUCAGCCCUGUGGUGGUCAUCCCUGCCGAGGCGUCCUCACCCGACAGUGAGCCCAUCACAGACCUGGUGGAGAUGGACACAGCCUCACAGAGCCUGUUUGACAAUAAGUUUGACGACAUCUUUGGCAGCUCUUUCAGCAGCGACCCCUUCAACUUCAGCAGCCAGAAUGGGAUGAACAAGGAUGACAAGGACCGGUUAAUUGAGCAGCUUUAUGGGGAAAUUGCAGCCCUGAAGGAGGAGCUGGAGAGCUUCAAAGCUGAGAGCGCACGGGGCACGGUGCAGCUGCGGGGCCGUGCCAGCGAGCUAGAGGCCGAGCUGGCCGAGCAGCGGCACCUGAAGCAGCAGGCGCAGGACGAGAGCGAGUUCCUGCGCACCGAGCUGGAGGAGCUGAAGAAGCAGCGGGAGGACACCGAGAAGGCACAGAGGAGCCUGACGGAGAUCGAAAGGCGGGCACAGGCCAACGAGCAGCGCUACAGCAAGCUGAAGGAGAAGUACAGCGAGCUGGUGCAGAACCACGCGGACCUGCUGCGGAAGAAUGCAGAGGUCACCAAGCAGGUGACAGUGGCCAGGCAGGCUCAGGGGGAUGUGGAGCGGGAGAAGAAGGAGCUGGAGGACUCCUUCCAGCGUGUGAGCGAGCAGGCACAGAGGAAGUCUCAGGAGCAGGCAGAGGUGCUGGACACACUGAAACGUGAACUGGCAGCCAGCAAGCAGGAGCUGCAGGUCCUUCAGGGCACCCUUGAGUCCAGCACACAGGUGGGAGCAGAGCAGAGCACUCGGAUCGCAGGCCUGGAGCAGGAGAGGGACAGCCUGAGUCGGGCAGCAGAGCGGCAUGGAGAGGAGAUGGCUGCCCUGAGAGCCGAGCUGCAGCAGCUGCAGGACACACUCAGCCAUGAGCAGGAGAGCAGCAAGAGGGAGCUGGAGACAUUGCAGACCCAGCUGAGAGACAAGGAGAGUGAGGAGCGGGCACGGCAGCAGCGCCUGGCCGAGGAGCAGUUUGCCUUGCUGCAGGGCACCGCUCGAGAGGCAGAGCGGAUGGUGCAGGAUGCCCUCAGUCGCCUGGAGGAUCCUGCUCACAUCGGCUGCACUGGCUCGGCAGAUUGCCUCCUGUCCAGGACUCUGGCAGCUUCCGAGUGUGUGGAGCGGCUGCGGGAGGCACAUGGCAAAUACCUUUCCAAUCGUGCAGCUGUGGGCUCGUUGCUGCCCUGCCUGGCCCUCUUUGCCCACCUCGUCAGCGACACCCUCGUGCAGGGCAGUGCUACCUCCCAUGUGGCCCCCAUGGAGCCCGCCGACCGUCUGCUGGAGAUGUGCAAGCAGUGCGGCAGCGAGGCUGUGAGCUACCUCAGAGCCCUGCAAGAGCCAGGGACAGCAGAAGGUGCCGACUGCAGCCCGGUGACAACCUGCCUGGGCCGGAUCAGUGCCAUCGGGGAGGAGCUGCGGCCCAGAGGGCUAGACGUCAAGCAGGAGGAGCUGGGUGACCUGGUGGACAAGGAGAUGGCAGCAACGGCAGCAGCUAUCGAAACAGCAUCUGCCCGCAUCGAGGAGAUGCUGAGCAAGGCACGGGCUGGUGAUACUGGGGUCAAACUGGAAGUGAAUGAGAGGAUCCUGGGCUCCUGCACUGGCCUCAUGCAGGCCAUCCACAUCCUGGUCCUAGCCUCCAAGGACCUCCAGAGAGAGAUUGUGGAGAGCGGACGGGGCGCAGCAUCCCCCAAGGAGUUUUAUGCCAAGAAUUCCCGCUGGACCGAGGGCCUCAUCUCUGCUUCCAAGGCCGUGGGCUGGGGUGCCACUGUCAUGGUUGACGCUGCUGACCUGGUGGUGCAGGGCAAGGGGACGUUCGAGGAGCUGAUGGUCUGUUCCCGGGAGAUUGCUGCCAGCACUGCCCAGCUUGUAGCAGCCUCCAAGGUGAAGGCAGACAAAGACAGCGCCAACCUUUGCAAGCUCCAACAAGCCUCUCGGGGUGUCAACCAGGCCACAGCUGGUGUGGUGGCCUCCACCAAGGCUGGGAAGUCACAGGUGGAGGAGAAAGACAGCAUGGACUUCUCCAGCAUGACUCUCACCCAGAUCAAGCGUCAGGAGAUGGACUCACAGGUGCGGGUGCUGGAGCUGGAAAACCAGCUGCAGAAGGAGCGGCAGAAGCUGGGGGAGCUGCGCAAGAAGCACUACGAGCUGGCAGGAGUGGCCGAGGGCUGGGAGGAGGAUGCGGCGGAGUAAUGCCCAUGGCAGAAGCAGCCCGCAGAG